AUGACAGGAGGCAAGAGCAAGCUACCAAUGUUAGAUACUAGAGAUAAAGUUGUAGAACGUAUGACUUGUGGUAUCUGCAAUAACUUAUUCGAAGAUGCUACCACCAUAAAUGAAUGUCUCCACACUUUUUGUAAAAAGUGUAUACACAAAAGGUUUUUGGAAGAGGACCAGAAGGAAUGCCCAGUAUGUGGUAUCGAAUUAGACUCUAAUCCAAUGAAAAAUCUCAGGCCAGACCAUCUUUUGCAAGCUUUGAGGCAGAAGCUCUUCCUUGGUGAAAGAAAAAGAGACAAGGAACCAGAAAAAGUAGAAAAGUUGCUCUCAGACGCCAUGAAACCAUAUAAGAGAAAACAAAAACCUCUUUCUUCAGUGGGGAACAACAAAAUCAAUGAAUCAAUUCAAUCUGCUCCAACUGAAGAAAGACUAAAGUCGGUUCCUGCUACUAGAAAAAAUCAUGCUCAUGGAAAAAUUACUAAACAAACUGAGGAAUCUGCUAAAAAGGUGACCUUUGAUCCGAAGAUUUUAGUAUGCCCACAUGAGAAAGACAUCAAAAGUGCAAGAACAAAAAGUAUGCAGAUUCAAUCUAAUACUGAGGAAAACAUGGCAAAAAAAAGUAGUGAGGAAGGCAUCGCAUCAUUACUUGACCUAAAUAUUAAUAUGUGGACACCACUAAAUUGUUUGGCAGAAGUUGCAAGAGAAACACUUAGUAAGGAUGACUGCACCGAGGUCCCUGCGAGUGAAACACAUCUUGUUUCUCUUAAUGCUAAAGCCCAGGGAAAAAAACCCUCCGCUGAGGUCCCGGCAAGUGAAACACAUCUUGUUUCUCUUAAUGCUAAAGCCCAGGGAAAAAAACCCUGCACUGAGGUCCUUGCCAGCGAAACACAUCUUGUUUCUGUAAAUGUUAAAGCUCAGGGAAAAAAACCGAUAGUUAAUGAAAAAGAAUCUACUAUGAUAUCUUGUAGUUCGAUGAGAACCAGAAGAAGUCAAGAUUUUCCUUCAAGGAAAGCAACUGAGCCUAAGAGAGCAAUUGUUCCAAAUGUACAAGAUUCUCCUCCAAGAACAGCAAUUGAUUCUGAGAGAAGAAUUAUUCCAACAAUACAAACUAUGGCAAUUACAAACAGUGAAUCGAGUCAAAGAUUUAAGACAAUAUGGUUUUCAUUAGUUGCUUCUGAAAAUCAGAAAAGCGUUUCAUCCUUGCCUCAGAUACCGUCACCCUACUUAAGGGUCAAGGAUGGUAAUUUACCUGUUUCAUAUAUCAAAAAGUACUUGGUGAAAAAAUUGGGUCUUGUUAGUGAGGAUGAGGUUGAGAUCUUUUUGAAGGGUCAUCCAAUGAUUUCUUCAGUGCAACUACACCAGUUAGUGAAGUGGUGGAUUGAGACAAGCACGACAAGCACUAUACAAACAUCUGUUGGUAGCUCAGCCAAGGAUUUUGUGAUGGUUCUAUCAUAUAGUCGGAAGGUUUACCCUCUUGUUUAG